CCACAUAGUUCGAUCAAAUACUUCAAAUAAUCACUUCCAUUCAAAAUGUCGUUCCAGUUACGGUCACAAAUAUAUUAUGAAUAAUAAUAACAAAGAAUCGAAUUGCUGUCUUGGAAUUUGUAUUAAAACGUUUAGAUGAACUCUUUUGUCAGCACGAUUAUGUCAGGGGUUUGGGGCAUGCUCCUGCGAAACAUUUUGAAAACGACAUUCUAAAAUGCAAAUUUUCCGUUUUCUAUAAUUAAUUAAUUUUAAAUGUUUAGUAAAUACCAAUAUUUUAAACUUGUAAAGCUAACAUAUAUAUAUGUAUCCGCUUGUAAAAUGUCAGGAGAGGUCUUAAUAUCGGCUAUGCCUGUGGACCAAUUAAAUUUUUUUUAAAUUAGGUCUAUUUUUUUUUAUUAUUAUUUUUUUUUUUUUUUUUUUUUUUUUUUUUUUAAAUAAUAUUCUGUUAUUCAUAUUCUUAAAGUUCAGUUAAGUGUACUCCAUAAUGAUUUUGUUGGUGCGUACAUUCCCCGUGUCGUUUAAGACGCACCACAGAUAUAUAGCACAGCAGAUUUUCGUUAUUUUCCACGACCAGUUUUAUACCCAGACUAUCCCUUUAAAUGACAUUUUUGCAAACUUUCUACAGGUGUUAGUAUUAACGCAACAGAAGAAUUAGAGCCUGUACGUUAUUGGGUCUUCUCAACGUGGAAGGCAAAAAAUCACUGAAGCCGAUUAUUAACUACUCAGUGCGCAAGAAUUUUGCUUCAAUGAUUUCUAUCAAACCCGCGGACCAGUCAAUCAUCCUGCGAAGGAAAAGCCCCCAUCUACCUGGCAGCCCAUGCUUAGCCGAGAGAGAGAAAGUGUAAAAACGUUUGCUGUUUAUUUAACGUUGGGGCACCGCCGCGGCUUAUCUAUCGAAACAGGCCCCAUGUUUUUCUUGCUUAAUGCGGCGCGUUUGAGAAGAUAUUUAUCCAUUCAUCGGAAUACGAAACUGUCGGCUAACUUGAAAGGGUUGACCGCAACCCUCCUUCUUGCUCGCGCCCCCGCCCCCACUUGGCAAGCAGGAGAAGAAAAUAAGGGGAGAAAAUCUAUUAUUAGACAACAAUGAACCAAUGAGGAUUCUUGUGCCCGCCAGUUGAGUUGUGGUCUACAUCAAUUUGAUAUCGGAAGUUUUCGAGAUUGAGAAACAGAGAGAGAGAAAGGGAGACAAGCGCACACUCGUGAGGAUGCGAGAGUUCUUAAUUUAGCGACAGACCUCUCGAAUACUCUCGCGUGUGAUGAACCAUAACAAUCUUUGACAGAUCUUGAAGGACUGAGGAAACCACCGGACAACUAUGGACUAGGGAAACUCCGGACAGCAAUGUUUAAUAAUAACAUGUGUGGAGAAAACCUUGGCGACUAUUUCUUGAAAGUACUUUAACGGCGCAACAACCCUUAUAAAGUUGUUCGUCUGCUGGUUUUAAAGUUGUUUUAGAAAAACAAAUUUACCCCCUCUCUGUCUCUUUUAUCUCGCCCCCCCGGGACGGAUCGGAUAGGGCGGGGCGUGGCGGACGGACCGGGCAGGGUUUCCUCCAUGGAUCGGAACUCCCAGGAUGCGUAGUGUUGUGUUUGGAGCCCUGUUAUACGUGUUGGCUGUUCUGCAUUCGUCCAGCGUCCGUUCGGACGUGAGUAGCUUCAAGUCAAACUGUUCGACAGAAGUACCAAAGAAUCAAAGUCACCUGAACUCGUUCCUGUGGACAAUCAACAGGGACCCGCCGUCGUAUCUGUUCGGCACGAUCCACGUUCCGUACACGCGCGUGUGGGACUUCAUUCCGGAGAACACUAGACAAGCGUUUCGUCAGAGCGAAAACAUCUUCUUCGAGUUGGACCUCACUGAUCCGCAGACGAUAUCCGCUCUCUCCAACUGCCAGCUCCUACCCCACGGCGAGAACCUGUCCAACGUCCUGCCAACGGACAUCUACCUGCGUCUGAAGCGGCACCUGGAGUAUGUCCGGGCCAACAUUCCGGACUGGAUGUCCGCGGACCAGAAAGGACGUGGGAUAUACGCCGACUACCUGUUCAACGCCAUCGCCGGGAACUGGGAGAGAAAGAGACCCGUCUGGGUCAUGUUAAUGAUGAAUUCGUUGACCGAAAGGGAUAUUCAGUCUCGUGGAAUUCCCGUGUUGGAUUUAUUCCUGGCACAGUCUGCGGAGCGGGUAGGGAAGGUUACGGGUGCGGUUGAGGUUGUAGAAGAACAGUGCGUACCUCUAAAUGAGCUCAAUUUUUCACAAGUUCUGUUCGCGCUGAACCAGACGCUGUUCCAACAUGAGAUUUACCGCCAGACGAAGGGGUCGCUCCCGUACACGACGGACGACCUCAUUGAGCACUACAACUGCGGUGACCUCAACUCCAUCAUCUACAACCACGACACGGCGCAGGUGCCCAGCCUGGUGAACUCGUCGCUGUCGCCGCACGACCUGCUGACGGCUCGGCGGAUCGACGAUUACUUCCGUGACGAGCUCAUCAACAAACGAAACGAGAGAAUGGCCGAGCGGGCCGUCCACCUGCUGAAGACGAACCCGAAGAAAACUUUCUUCUUCGCAUUUGGCGCAGGUCAUUUCCUGGGAAACAACUCCCUGAUUGACCGGUUGGUGGAAGCUGGCUUUGAUGUUAGCCACACAGCCCCGGACGCGGAAAUUCCUCAGCUACCAAUAUCGAACACUCAAAACUCAAGAAAGCCUCAUAGAACUUUCUUGUCUGACAUGUCAGCUGAUUUCCCCCUUCCAUCUGAUGUAAUAUAUGGUGAUAUUCGUUAUUUAUAUAAGAAAAAGAUUCGUCAUGAAAAGAAACGUAGAAAGGGGCACAAAAAGCAACUCCGGGCAGAACAGAGAAGAAAACAGUUGGACUCUUUGUGGAACAGUUUAGGCCCACACAGUGCGUAUCCUUGGAAAUUAGAAAAGAAGGGGAAAGGAAAACGCAAGAGAAAGAAGACAAAUGGCCGCAGGAAGACAUUCAAUGACUUGUGGGUCAGAAUGGAGGCUGAAAGGCCUAGUUUCCUGCAACAACAUUCUGAGAAUUCCAAAAGGGUGAAGCCCACUGCACGGCCCCCAGUCAGCAAGUAUUCCUUCGAUCACAGUGCUGGCAUCCACCAAAGACAGUCUCAAAUGAUGAACAUAGUGCUCUUUGUCCUCUGCAUCCUGAGGCUGGGAAUAUGAGAACCAAUCAAAUUUGUGCUCGAGUAUAUCAUGUGAUAACAAAUUCCAAUGACAGGACAGGACACAUAACUGUGUUGUGAUUGGUCAAGGUUUUAAAAAUAUGUGAUGGAGCUUUUCAUUGGUCAAAAAAAAAUAUGUGAUGUUAAUUUGUGAUUAGUUAAGUUUUUGAUGGAUCUUGUGGAUCAAAGGUAUUUUAUUCUCAAAGAAUGAAUGGGAACAGAUGGUAUCAGUUGAAUUCCAGUGAACAAACAGUGAUGCUGUAUUUUACUGCACUGUUUUCAAAAGUGUAGAUAUGUUUCUAUAUGCUGUUGUGUUAAAAAGACAAUCAUACAUACAUACCUCGAUUCGAUCUAGUAAUCUUAGUUCUGUUUGCAUGAGGCAUUCCUGCUGAACCAGAUACCACAAAACAAUCUGCCUUUUAAAUUUAAAAACUUACGCAUGAAAACUUUAAAGCAGGAUCAGACAUGAAAAAUUAAACACAAGUUACAUGUAUCAGAGAUGUGAUGCCCAAUUAAAACUAAAAGCUGAAUAUGAUCUUACAAAAGCUGAAACCUGUGUACUACACCUUAAAUAAAGUUCAAUUAUUUCAGUAUUUCAGAACAAAUUCAAUCUACUUUGUGAAAAUUAUUUUACACACAAAAAAGUUGAAAUCGGAUAAAAAGCUGAAAAUCACAUCUCUAUUAAAAUAUAUUUGUACUCUAUGUUUAGGAUAAAUUUAAAACUUUAGUUAAGGUAUUACUCUAAGUUUAGGCUAAAUUUAAAACAAGAGUUAAGGUAGUACUUUAAGUUUAGGCUAAAUUUAAAACUUGAGCUUUAGUUAAGGUAUUACUUUAAGUUUAGGCUAAAUUUAAACCUCGAGUUUUAGUUAAGGUAUUACUUUAAGUUUAGGCUAAAUUUAAACCUUGAGUUUUAGUUAAGGUAGUACUUUAAGUUUUGGCUAAAUCCAAACCUUGAUUUUUAGUUAAGGUAAAUAAAAAAGAAUGGUGUUUUAUUGUGAAUCUACAAAACCCUCUUCAACUCCCAAAACAGGCUUUCUGUAUAAUCAUAUAUAUGUACUCUUAUAUUAAUUACAAACAGCAUUUAUAAAUUAUUUACAAUGUACUCAUUUAUAGAAUACCAAAGAGUUGCCAUUUCCAAAAUUUGGAAAUAUAUGUGAAAUAUGUUUACUUGUAUCCAGGUUGAAAUGAAAAAGAAAUGGUGGUCAUUACUGUAAAUUACAAAUGGAAAUGGACUGCUGGGUUAGAAAUUUCAGUCUAUCAAAAUGUUCCCAUCAUAAGCAUUGAUUAGUUAAAGGUUUUACUUGAAGUUAUGUAGACGCAUUGACAUUAAUACUUUCAACUGAAGUUAUGUAGACACACUGACAUUCAAUACUGUCAACUGAAGUUAAGUAGACACACAGACAUUCAAUACUGUCAACUGAAGUUAUGUAGACACACUGACAUUAAUACUAUCAACUGAAGUUAUGUAGACACACUGACAUUAAUACUGUCAACUGAA